AUGAAGAUACACGUCGCAGUGGUUUUAACGUCGGCCGUCGUGCUGGCCGCGGCACAGAGCCUGGAGGAUUGUCUGCAGAGCGACAGCAUCUCUUGCGUGCAGAAGAGCCUGUACCGGAAGGCCAAGGAGUUCUUCGACGAGGACAGCCUCGAGCUGUUCAGUGGUGUUAGCUUGGUGAAGAACGCGGAGGGUCGGGGAAGAAGCUCCAGGACUAGCAAGCAGUUGAUUUACGAGCAGGAGAUCGACGCUGCUGACAGUGUGGCCGACAGGCAGAGUGCGCUCGAGAACUUCGUCACCGAGGAGGCUGGAGAGUUCCUCACUGGCCGCAGUCUCAGGAUCAACUUUGCACCUACCUUCGAGAAGAUCGGAGAGUCUGCGCGCGCCAUCAGCGAUGCUGCGCCGGAAGAGGUCCGUCAGGCUGUCAACGAAGUCGUCGAAGGUCGUGGCAAGAAGAAGAUGCUGAAAGCGAUCCUGCCUCUGCUGAUCGCGGCGAAAGUGAAAAUCGGUGCACUGGCUACCCUCGCGUACUUCGCCAUCGGUCUCAUAGCCAAGAAGGCGAUCUUCGCGUCGCUCAUUUCGCUCGCCGUUUCCGCAUUCAUCGGUCUCAAGGCUCUCUGGGCGAAGAGUUCUCACGACGUCACACCCUACAACUCAUGGAACGGUGGCGGUGGUGGAUGGUCGGCGCCAGUGGCGAACGGAGGAUGGUCUUCCGGUUCCUCGUGGGACGAUUCUCACGCCUAUGCGCAGAGUCAAGCGUAUUCCGGAUACCAUCACUAA